GAGUGGAGGAAAGUCAGCAGCAGCAGUACAAGCGAAGCAGUAGCAGCACAGUUGUGAACAAUAAAGCUUCAAGUAGCUGAAACGAUGAAGGUGUUCGUUUUGUUGGUAGCCGCCUUGGUUGGAUGCGCUCAGGCCGUCGUCGAUGGAGAGUUUGCCGAGAAGGGCCAGUUUCCGUUUCAGGUGGCGCUGACCCAGAAGGGCAAACUACGCUGCGGAGGUGCUUUUGUUCAUGAGCGAUUUGUGCUUACGGCUGCGCACUGUUUGUUCGAUGGCGAGAAUCAGGUUGCGGAAAAGGGGCUGCGUGUUUUCUUUGGUAGCGAACGCUUGAUGAUGGGAGGACAAUUCCGUAACGUCAAGGCUGUCCACGUCCACGAGGAGUUCGAUCGUGGUACUUUCAAGUACGAUUUGGCCUUGUUGGAACUCAACAAACCAGCUCAGUUCAGCGAAACAGUUGAUGCCGCAACUGUUAACGAGACGCCGUAUGAUGAGAACGAGGCUGUUUUCUUCUCUGGAUGGGGACGUACAGCUGAGGGCGAAAAUACCACAUAUAAGCUGAAGUAUACCUCGUUCACCGUUCUGGACACCGAAGAAUGCAAGAACUACUUGGGUGAGGCGUUCUACGAGGGUGCUUUGUGUUUGAAAAAUGAAGAAGGCCACAGCAGUGCCUGUUUCGGAGACUACGGUGGCCCAGCUGUGUUCGGAAACACCCUCGCCGGUGUUGCCAGCUACACCUUUGAAGGCACUUGCGGAAGCGAACACCCAGACGUGUUCGUCGAUGCCGGAUUCUUCCAUGACUGGGUCCAAGAGAAGCUCGUGGAAUAAUUGUGUUCAAAUGCUUUAUUUUUCGCUAUUCGACUUAAUUCCUAAUCCAAUAUUUACAUGAUUUGUUGUUGUACUCAAUCGAUCAAAUAAAAACAAGACUACGGUCAUUAUAAUACUGUAA